AUGCGGAGAGGCCAUGGCUCGACCAAAGUUCCCAAUGUCAAAAUACGACCGGUCACGAAAAAGACAACACAAACAGACGACUAUGACGACGAACCUUCGUAUGAGCCCAUGCGCGAAUCCCUGAGAAGCGAUCCCAGCGCCAGGCCUUUUGCCGGAAUGAACAUAUGCUGCUCAGGUGUCAAAGAUAAACUAAUAUUGUUCGCGAAAGCUCGCGAGCUGGGCGCCACAUGUUCGAGCGACUUGACGGAUUUGACGACCCAUUUGGUAGCUGAUGCGCCAGGAAGUGCCAAACACAAGUGUGCGGUUGAACUUGGAAUCCCUGUUUGCACUUCGGAAUGGAUUAUUGAGGUUCAUAGACGGUGGUUGGCUGGAGAUGACAUCGAUACCGAGGAGAGCAUAACUAAGCAUUUGCUCCCACCUCUCAAGGGCGUUAUUGUGUGCGUCACUAGACUUGAUGAUGAAAAUGCUAGACAGCGUCUUGGUAAAUCAUCCAGGCGACUAGGCGCAGAACACCGCUCUCACAUGAGCAAGGAUGUGACACAUUUAUUGGUUGGCUCAGACCCUGGGGACGAUGUUGACAACAAAAAGCUGGAAUGGGUCAAGCGUAUCAAUGCCAAACGACGAGAAGAAGACGCUGAAGAGCCUCAGAUUGCUAUUGUCUGGGAUGUCUGGCUCCUCAAAUGCGCGGCAUCUCAUUCUCGUGUCUCCGAGAAAGAAUAUGCAUACUCGGAAACAGGCACGCGACCUGAAGCACCGGCCGAUAUCGAACAGAUUCUAAGGCGUGGUUCAUCGAAAAAACCCACAAAAAUUUAUGUUACUGCGUCAAACGUUGGCGCAGCAUCGACGAACAAUAACUCCAAGGAGAUUUUGGAAAAGGCCAGAGUUAGAAGAGUUGCUCCAAAGGAUACCGUUUGGGGAUCAAUCCUUUCGUCACGCAGCCAAGUCGAAGACACCACUGCUGCACCCGAAGGGCUCUCAUCGCCAAAACCCCAGCUCUUGGAAGAUGAUUCGGCCACCGAGGACGAGGACGAAGACGAUAAAACCAGUCGCAUGCCUCCGAAGCCUGUAGAACCACUGCGGAUCCCUCUUAAUCCUAGACUCCAAUCUGGAGUUGGAGGCUCGUCGAUGGUAUCUCGGCUCAACAGUCUGCGUGGGUCGGCCUUUCAGCUUGGACCGGCGCUAUCGGAGCAUACUGCACCCGCAUCUGGACGCACUACCUCGGUUUCUAAUCUUGGACAAAAACUAGGUGGUGCUCGCACUGGGGAGCCUCAAUCACCCCCUCCCUCAACUGCCAAAGUGUUCAGCGGGAAGUGUAUUGCUCCUAUUGGAGAAGCAUGUGGGCAAAUGCUUUAUGAUGCGUUACGUGCACAUGGAGCAACCGUGAUUGAAACCUCAGAUCCCAAGGGUAAACGGAAGGCUGGAGAUUCCGAACCAAAUCUACCUCCGGAAGCCGAUUUCUAUAUUGUGCGACUUGCAAGCGAAUCUGCCAAACAAGCUAAUAAAUUAGACUCCUAUCACAAGUUCCGCACAGACUGCUGGGUGGAGCAUUGCAUCUUCGAGGAUCGGCUCUGUUCCCCCGAAGAGAAUAUCACUUACGCGCCAUUGAAGGUUGAACUUCCUGUUCCAGGCGCCGAGUUUAUCAAGUUACAUUGGACUGGAUUGGACAAUGAACAGGAAACGGCUGUGAAGAGGUUGAUCAAGGCGCUUGGCAUAGCAUCCACCGAAACAUUCGCCAGGCGGGUCAAUACACAUUUGCUCUGUCCCUCGCGUUCUGGGUUGAAAUAUGGCAAGGCCCUUCAAUGGCAAGUGGCCGUAGUUGAUAUGGAGUGGAUUUACGGUAUCGGGAAAGAAGGGAAAAUAUCAGAUGCAGACUUGGCUAGUGCGAGGCAGAAGUUGGAGCAAGCUGGCCCAAAGACAAAUGCAGCCUCGAUGGAUGGUCCAAGCGGUCUCGAGGCAACCGAUCUGCUUUCCAUGAGUAACAGCACGCCUCUAUUUGGACAAUCCAAUGGGCUACUGCCUACUCAACGCCAGUCCACGAGACCAGCAUCCCGGCCAGCACUUGGAUCUUCUGGCUCCGGUUCGACUGAAAAUGAAGUUGGAAAUAGUUCGUUGGUGAAUAAACACCAGGGAAAACCUGCUAUCCCUGUAUUCGACGUCCGCCCUAAGCAAAAUAGUAGGACCGCGCAAAAUAGCCAAAUCGACCGAGAGCGAAAGCGAGAGGCUCAGCGAAAUCAACUGGCCAACAGUCUGGAUGCACUACUGAAGCACCAACGUGAGGAAUCUACUCAUUCUGAUCAACCCCGCAAGAGAGCAAGGCCAAAUAUUAGACACAAGGCCAUAGAUGGGACUCCUGGAAUAGGUAGUAGCCGAAGCCAUUCCCUCAGCGAACAAGUCUCUUCUUUGUCCAUUGCAACCCACGCACACGAUCCCGAUUAUGUCUCUCCGCUUGAAGUUAUGCAACCUGUGAACGAAGAGACCUUACAAGUUCACUACCAGGACCCCAAUCAGUUAGCAGCAAAGGAAAACCUCCGAAGGCUGUUGGAUGGAUCAUCCCAAACCGAACCGGAGGAGACCCAAGACCGCGUCCCCGCCCUGGCUGACGCAAAGAGGAAACGAGGCGGUGCUGCGCCAGCAGUGCUACUAUCAUUUACUAGACACCAUGUCCGUAAUUGCGAUUAUCCUGCAAUCGUACCCUAUAAUGUUGGAGCUGUAUUACUCAAACGUGAAUUGAACCGGGACGAGAAAUGUGUUAGAGGCGUCAUCAUUUCAGGUCUACGACCUGAAGAUGUUGCUUGUUUAGAUGUAUUCGAGGGCGAUGAAUACAAUCGCGUUCGAGUUGAAGCUCACCCAAUUGUUCCGCUUGCUGCCAUAUCCUCAAAUCUUACCCAAACCCUACUCUCCGCAUCUUCUGAUCUUCCUAUCGAACUCCCGCCUGCACUCAAGGUAGAAACCUACGUUUGGGCUGUUGAAACGUCCCGACUGGAGCCAGUGAUUUGGGAGUACGACACUUUCGUCAAGGAGAAAUUGUGGAAAUGGGCUGGCAGUGGGCCGACGAUAAUGAAUAUUACGAAGAGUGGAGGAGAAGGUACUUUGAAGCCAGACUAUACUUUUGGGCACAACAUGCUUCAACAUUUCAUGUUCGAGGAGGGAUACAUCAACCUCAACCAUGGCUCCUAUGGCUCUCUUCCGAAGCCCGUCUUUGAUAAAUGUGUCGAAACCAGUAAGCGUAUAGAAGCCCGACCUGAUUCUUUCCACCGCAGGGAAUAUCUUCCUGAACUCCGAGAUGUUCGUGCCCGACUGGCGAAACUUCUCAAUUGUGAUGUCGAUGAAUGCGUAGUUACCAAUAACGCUACACAUGGAGUUCACACAAUCAUCAAUAACUUUCACUGGAAGAAAGGUGACAUACUCAUCUCCUUUACUAGUACUUAUGGUUCUGUGUUCAACAUUUGCGAGUUUUUUCGGAUACCUCCCAACCCAGAGCACAUAACCGUGGACCUGGCGUUCCCAAUCUCUCACAAGGCCAUUGUUGACAAGUUCCGGCAAAAACUGCAAGAUAUACCUCGCCACGAUGGUCAAAUUAUUGUAGCAGUCAUUGAUGCGCUUGCCAGCAAUCCAGGAGUGCAUCUACCUUGGGAAGAGCUGACAAAAGUCUGCAAAGAGGAAGGAAUAUACAGCCUAAUCGAUGGUGCUCAUGCCAUUGGUCAGAUCCCAUUGGAUAUGUCCAUUUCAGAUCCUGAUUUCUUCGUAUCGAAUUGCCACAAGUGGCUAUACGCAAAAAGAGGAUGCCGUACUCUACGUGGCAAAAAGGUUAAAACCGGAAUAUUAUCCGGAGCUCUUUCCCAACGCCGCAUGCAUAUUCACCACUCAAAUCUAAAAGGAGCCGAUAUGGUUUCUCAAUUUGAAUGGACCGGUACCAUUGACUUUGUGCCAUUCCUUUCAGCCAAACACGCAUUAGAGUUUCGCGAAGCUGUUGGUGGGGAAAAAAAGAUUAACGAUUAUUGUCACUCGCUAGCUAUUAGGGGAGGAGCGCGAUUAGCUGAAAUGUUUAAAACGAGGGUGAUGGAUACUGAUGAAAAUGAGCUAACAGCCAAUAUGGUAAACGUUCAACUUCCCCUUGAAACCCCAGUGGGAGUUUCUCCUCAGGAGCUAAAGAAGAUUUUAUUCUCAAUCACCGAUCGGCUACUGGAAGAUUACAACGCAUUUGCGGCUACUCUACUUAACCCAGGAUCGGAUUUCGACUAUAUUGGCCGUGCCUACUUGGAAAUAUGUAAAGAGGUCCAAUCUAUACUGGACGGGCUUCCAAAGGCUGAUAGCUCAGCAACAAAAGGAUCCAAGGGCAUGGAUGUGAGAGCGAUUUGA